AUGCCCAACGAAACAAUUGUGGUAAUAGGUGCGGGCGUAAUCGGCCUAACAACAGCCCUACGCAUCCAACAAACCCUAUCAUCAACACAAUCAAUCCUCCUCGUAGCCCGCGACUUCCCAUCGGACACCUCAGUCAACUACGCCUCACCCUGGGCCGGAGCGCACUACCGCCCAGUACCAGGUUCAACACAUCAAGCACUCUGCGAAGCAAACCAAGCAAAGCGCACCUAUGAGUACAUGAAGCGUGUUGCGGCCGACGAGCCCGGGUCUGGCGUUGCGUUCAUUCGCGGUGUUGAGCAUCUCGAGGCACCGCCGGCGGAGUAUUUGGAUCGGCAGAGUGUGGAGAAUGUGUAUUCGCAUCUUGAUGGGUUUCGGGCUUUGAGUGGUGGCGAGGUUCCCGAUGGUGUUGUUUGGGGGGUGGAGUAUGGGACUUACGUCGUUAACUCGCCUGUUUAUUGUGCGCAUUUGCUGCGCAAGUUUGUUCUUGGGGGUGGGGAGGUGAAUAAGUUUCAGCUUGUGAAUUUGAUGGAGGCUUUUAGUUUGGCGAGGGGUGUUAGGACUGUGGUUAAUUGUUCUGGGGUUGGGAUUGGGGAUCCUAGGGUGUUUAUUAUUCGAGGACAAACUUGUCUUGUUCGGAACCCUGUCUCGGAGACUAUCACUCGUCAGAAUACUGAUGGUUCCUGGUCCUUUUGUAUCCCGCGCCCUCUUGAUGGUGGGACGAUCAUCGGGGGAACGAAGGAACCUCAUAACUGGGACCCGAAUCCUUCACUGGAGAUCAGGGAGCGGCUGCUUGCUAAUGCGACUAAGUGGUUCCCUUUUACUCCAGAAAGUGGGGGAAAGUUUGAUGUCAUUCGUGACAUUGUUGGUCGGCGACCUGCUCGAGAGGGCGGGAUGCGGAUUGAAGUUGAAAAGAUCACAGAUGACCGGUAUGUGGUCCAUGGAUAUGGUGCUGGUGGUCGUGGAUUUGAGCUCUCCCGUGGCGUCGCGGAAGAUAUUGCAGGGUUGAUGCUUGAGAAGGGGCUGCUUCAGGCGAAGGCCUCCCUGUAG